AAUCGAUCCCGGCUUACUGCACAUCGCCCAUGGCCAUUGCUGAGUGAAACUCUCACAGCUUGCGACGCCUAACCAGGCACCACAAUAAAGACACCUUCCAUAUCUUCCUCUUCAAUCUCAUUCUUCCUUGAACCACCUUCACUGCCUUCUCGUCUCCUCGCCCUCCCUUUGGCUGCAUCCAAGCCCUUGUAAAUUUGAACGUGUGGGCGACUGCCCCUCCCCCUCCUCCCACUAUGGCGGCCAUCCUCAAACUUCAGCGCAAAUACCCCCAGUUCCCUCAGAACGAAAUCUUCCAGCUACAAGAUGCCUUUCGCAAACUCGACGUCGAUGACAAGGGCUAUUUGGACGAAGCCACCGUCAUCAAGGCUACCCAGCAGUCCGAGAGGCAAUCCUACGACGUGGUCAGACAGGCACUGAAAGAGGUGGACCUCGACAGCUCAAGGCGGGUGGAACUGGAGGACUAUGUCGACCUGAUCGCAAAGGUCCGCGAGUCCUCUCCCGCUCAAAGACGCAUGUCAGUUGGCGCCCAGAGACCUGCGGCUGGCAAUGGGCUUCCUUCCGCCCCAGCGCAUGCCUCUAAGCCCAGCCUCGGCGGAGGUGGGAAGAUUCACGUCCAGGGCUCUUCAGCCAACGUGACGCACACCAUCAACGAGGAAGAGCGAACCGCUUUCACCACACACAUCAAUGCAGUCCUUGCCGGCGAUCCCGACAUCGGCCAUCUCCUGCCCUUCCCGACCGAUACUUUCGAGAUGUUCGACCACUGCAAGGAUGGCUUGGUCCUCUCAAAACUCAUCAACGACAGUGUUCCGGACACCAUCGACGAGCGUGUACUGAAUAAGCCAGGGAGGAAGAUCAAGUCUCUUAAUGCAUUUCACAUGACUGAGAACAACAACAUUGUCAUCGAGUCCGCAAAAGGUAUCGGCUGUUCCGUGGUCAAUGUUGGGGCCGGGGAUAUCAUCGAGGUUCGAGAGCAUUUGAUCCUGGGUUUGAUCUGGCAGAUCAUUCGACGAGGCCUUCUGGGGAAGAUUGACAUCAAGUUGCAUCCCGAGCUGUACCGUCUCCUGGAAGAGGACGAGACUCUGGACCAAUUCCUUCGACUACCACCCGAACAGAUCUUGCUUCGUUGGUUCAAUUACCAUCUCAAGAACGCCAAUUGGCCGCGAAGAGUGGCCAACUUUUCCGGCGAUGUCAAGGAUGGCGAGAACUACACCGUCCUGCUCAACCAGCUGAAACCAGACAUCUGCUCACGGGCUCCCCUGCAGACGCGAGAUCUCCUCCAACGCGCCGAAGAAGUCCUCCAGAAUGCUGAAAGGAUUGAUUGCCGCAAAUUCCUGACGCCAACCGCCCUGGUAGCCGGAAAUCCAAAGCUCAACUUGGCCUUCGUCGCCAACCUCUUCAACACCCAUCCGGGUCUUGAUCCUCUCGAGGAAGGCGAGAAACCCGAAAUCGAAGACUUUGAUGCAGAAGGAGAGCGUGAGGCUCGUGUCUUUACCCUCUGGCUAAACAGCCUUGACGUCCAACCACCGGUCAACUCCUUCUUUGAUGAUCUCCGCGAUGGGACGGUUCUGCUCCAAGCUUACGACAAGGUCAUCCCAGGCAGCGUCAAUUUCCGUCAUGUGAACAAGCCUCCUGCGCAUGGCGGCGAAAUGUCACGCUUCAAAAUGGUGGAAAACACCAACUAUGCCGUUGAACUGGGCAAGCAGAAUCGCUUCUCCCUCGUGGGCAUCCAAGGUGCGGAUAUCACUGACGGCCAGCGCACCUUGACUCUGGGAUUAGUCUGGCAACUUAUGCGUCGGGAUAUCGUGUCGACCCUUUCCGGGCUCGCGCAACGCAUGGGCAAACGCGACCUGAGUGAUUCGGACAUGAUGAAAUGGGCCAAUGAGAUGUCCCGCAAGGGGGGCAAGACCUCUUCCGUCCGGUCGUUCAAGGACCCGGCUAUUACGAGCGGUAUCUUCCUGUUGGAUGUUUUGAACGGCAUGAAGGCGAACUAUGUCGACUACGAUCUUGUCACGCCCGGCAAGACGCCCGAUGAUGCGUAUGCGAAUGCCAAGUUGAGUAUAAGCAUUGCCAGAAAGAUGGGAUCCACCAUUUACCUCCUUCCCGAUGAUAUCGUCCAAGGACGCGCGAGAUUGGUUACCACUUUUGUUGGUGCCCUCAUGCGGACGGCGGAGAAGAUGGGCGCCUAAAGUGAUGAAUUGCCGCCUUCCAUCUUGUUCAGGCUAUGGAUGUGGAGGCUUUGAUAUUGAUCCUCAGGCGACAAUGCGACUAUAUCUUCCUUCCUUCUUCAAUGUAUUCUUGUCUUCCGCUGAUCAGGAUACGGGACACACGGCCAAAGCUACGUUAGAGCCAGGACCAGAAUCAAGUGUGCAGGAUUGGGAAAUCGUAACGAGGCAAGAUGAGAGCAGAGCGAGUAACUCCUUGGACAAAUUAAUGGAAGGCCACCCUCGUUUGCAGCGUUUGAGGGAGCGCAGGAGACGGAGGCAGGGAGAGACACUUGCGUCUCCUACUAGGAUACUGUGAUACCUACAUAGGUAGAGCAGACUACAAAAAGAAAAUGACUUUUCUGUCCCGCAAAGUUCUAAGUAGUGAUUGAUAGGAGUAUCAGCCCUGUCACGCAAGGAAGUUGGUCCUGAAGACUGCCCCUCGGUCAUUCGAGAUGUG